AUGUGUCUGAUGCAGAUACAACGUGCUAUCCGUGCACACCUGCCAAAACAACUGAUUGCUCAAGUUGCUCAUGCCACAACCAAUGAGCGGACGGCCCCCGUCAAACUAACUGAAGCUGAGACCAUGGAAGCCCAUAAGAACAAUCCUAAAUUGCAAAACCUAUUGAAAGAGGAAAGCAGACUUCGCACAGAGUUUCGAAAUUGCUUUAGCGACACUCUCACCAAUGGCCAACCUUUCCAUUACUCUAGCCGAAGCAUUUCAACAAUAUUAAAUUCCAAGACAGUUAUUCGGCUUGUUCCUGAUGACAAAAUAGACAAAGUUGCCGCAGAUUAUCGAAAAGCUGCCGCGGCUGCAACAUCCAUGCGAUCCAAAGUUGCAAAGGCUGCCAAACGUGACAAGGAAAAGCAAGUUGUCGCGACCAGGCGUCAGGACACAGCAGGAUCCACUGACGACGCCAACAAGGCUAUAGCAUUGCUCAAACAACCAUCCGAUUAUCUUCUGGUUCCACAGGCCUCUACCUCCACUCGGAUCAUAGACUCCAUAACCACUGCAGUCGGCUCAGCCUCGAUUCUUGAAAGAGCUAAAAGGAAAGAAAUAGAUCAUAUUAUUUCAAAAUCUCACAUAGAUGGCGUGGAUCCUUUGCAAGCUGAUCCAACCUUCAACGCCAUGGUCAAGUUAGUCGCAGCUCGGAUGCAAGAAGCUAACCUGGGUGACGGAGAGCAUGACAAUCCCGAGGAAGAUAUUCCAAUUGACCCAGCUCUCCGGAAUCUCGAUCAAUUAAUCACCAAUGCUACCCCAGUGCACAAACGUUCUUCUGCGCCUAUAUUUGCAUCUGAUGACGAGUAUGAGGAUGAUGACGACGACGUCGAGGAUACUCCAAACAACAUUGCUGAUCAUGAGCACCCAGACGACACCAAAGUCAUAGUUGAUAUGACCAACUUGCGAAUGUGCACUAUGGAAUCAAUUCUCCGCCCCAUCAUCACCCAAAGAGCCCUGGAAAACAAUGAAAAGCUUACGUAUGGGAUCGUUAGUGAUGUAUUUGAACAGUACGCCAGCUAUCAACCGAUACAGCAAGAGGAUGCUCGAAGCAUUGAGGAGGUGGCAGGUUUUACAUACCAAGAUUUGAUAAAUGAGUUUGAUGCAUAG